AGGAAAACAAAUUGCAGAAUUUGGAGUAUGCCGAGGGUGGUGGGAGUAGCGGUGAGUAAGGGUUUCAAAGCUGUUCAAGAUUUGGAACUUCUCAAACUCUUCAAAUCCGAAAUUAAUUUUGAACUUUCUUCUAAUCACUUUCAGAAUGCUCAAAUUGGUUCUUUAGGUGAAUUUGUGGUAGACUCAGAUUCACCACAACAUUCAAAAGAUGUGAUUUUGAGACGAAAAAGCGAUUCGGGUGAGGAAGUUGCUCUUUCAGCUAUAUUGGGUCCUCCUAACUAUGAAAAAGAUCAUAUUUUUAUAAGGGAUGUUUUCAUGAAAGUAUGCAUUAAAAAGCCAGACUUGUCCUCUAUUUUGCAAUUUGACUGUAGAGCUUAUCAAGAAACUGAUAAAAGCUCUGAAUUUGAGAUCAAUAAUGCUUAUUAUCUUAGAUCACCUACAUAUUUUAGCUCUUCCAUUUACAGAGGCCCCUUAUUCAGUGAUCUGGAUGCUAAUUUACAAAAAGCAUUCAAGGAAUACCUGAUAGAAAAGGGCAUUGGAGGAAGCUUAACCAAUUUUCUUCUCCACUACCUACACACACGGGAGCAAAAGCAAUAUGUGAACUGGUUGAAAACGGGUGAAGCAUUUCUGUCUAAAAAUGAGUCAUUGAAUCAAUUUUCAGAGACACAUUCUGCAUAAUUAUGCAGUGUUGCAUUAUAAUCAACAUUGGCACAGAUGCCACAGGGGAAGGAAUAUGGAUCAGAUGCUCCAUUUUUACCAAUUUUGUAUUCAAUAAGAGCUAGAUGCUAAAGUUGUCAAACUUACAACAUUAUAGUCAAUUUUUUAUAAUAUGAAAAGGUUGAAAAUAUCAGCUAUUUUUUCAGGAUCA